GAAAGAAAGAUGAGACCCACGUUGCUUUUUCUUGUUCUCCUAAGUGUUUCACCUGGAAUCUUCUCCAGUCCUCAGCUGACCGAGUCUGGGCCAGAACUAGUGAAACCAGGAGAGUCCUUCAGAAUGACGUGCACAGUCUCUGGGCUCCAAAUCAGUAGUUAUUACUGGGUAUGGAACCGGCAGCCACCAGGGAAAGGGCUGGAGUUCCUGGGUGGCAUUCGGAGCAGCGCUGCAGGAGGAACCACUUACUACAGUCCUGCAUUCAGCAGCCGAAUCACCAUCACCAGGGACACAUCCAAGAAUGAGCUGUAUCUUCAGCUGAGCUCCCUCACAGCUGCAGACACGGCUGUGUAUUACUGUGCAAGAGACACAGUGAAGCAAAGCAGUGGAACAUCUAUCCAGAAAGCACAUGAGGCCUCCGGAUUUGCACAUCCAUUAAAAGAGAGUUGGAUGACGUGCUACUUCGAGUACUGGGGGAAAGGAACCCAAGUCACAGUCACAUCAGCUUCCCCAGCUGCCCCUACUUUAUUCCCCCUCAUUCCAUCUGAGGACACUUCAAACAGCGAAACUGUCAAUAUCGGAUGCUUGGCCAAAGAUUACCUGCCUCAAACCAUCACUUUCGUCUGGAAUGAUAGGACCAAUACCAGCAUCGGUGCAGCCAAUUCCAUGACUUUUCCUCCCAUUUUCAACCCUACUGGAACAUAUACCACAAGCACUCAGGCCUCUGUCCCCGCCACGGAUUGGAACAAUAUGCACCCAUUCUACUGCAACGCUGAACACUCAUCUGGGAACAAAGUGAAAAAAGUUGUUCGAUCGACAAUACUAAUCCCUAUCGAACCUCAAAUGAUCGUCCGUGCACCACCCCUUAAAGCAUUUUCGAGCCAAUAUCUGAAUUCCACCAUCAGCUGCACCGCUGUCCAUCCUUGUAAGCAAAAAACCACACUCCAGUGGCUGAGGGAAGAAGUAGUUGUGGAUUCUGACUUCACCACCACCAAACCCAUCCCAGACGGCAACAACAACGAGUGCAGAACCAUAAGUGAACUCGUAGUCCUUAAGAGUGAGUGGAUGGCCGACAAAAGAUUCUCAUGCCAUGUGCAAAGUGAAUCGUUCAACAACACACUGGAGAUCAACAAGCAGAGUUUUUGUGAUUGUCCGGAUCACACAGAUGAUGUCCGUGUAGAAACCAUCCGACCAUCAUAUGCCGAGAUGUUCCAAAGCAGCAAAGCCCAGCUGACUUGCAAGGUCUACGGCAUACCCUACAGCGCGGACAUUUCCCUCCUGGAUAUCACCUGGACACAAGGACCUGAGAAGAAACCACUGGUCACUAAAAUGCAACCCGGCAUAGAUAACGAAAAUGACAUGCAGUACGUCACAGCUACCGCCGAAGUGUGUGUGACUGACUGGAACAGCGGUGAAAUCUUCUACUGCAAAGCUGAUUUUCCAGGUGUAUUUCCCAAGCCUAUAGAAAGAGAACUGAGGAAACAUAUUGGUGGUACCCCAUCUGCCCCAUCCGUCUACCUCCUUCCCCCUCCACCAGAGCAAGUAGCUUUGAAGGAAAAGGUCACCCUCACUUGCUUUGUAAAAGGGUUUUACCCCGAUGAUAUCUUUGUGCAAUGGAUGCAGAAUGGUCAGCUGUUGAAGCCUGAAGAAUACUACACCAGCGAUCCCAUUCUGGAAUCCAAAAUGCCUGAGAAGUACUUUAUCUACAGUAAGUUGGACAUCUCUCAGAACAACUGGAGUAAUGGAGACAUAUGGACCUGCGCAGUGGGGCAUGAGGCACUGCCGGUCAACGUAACCCAGAAGACGAUAGACAAGAACACGGAACCUGACUUCCAUGUAUUGUCCAAAGUUUACCUAGAUGCAAUCAUUGACACGGUUGAUGACGAAGAACUCCAAAAUUUCUCAUCAAUCCUUUCCACUUUCAUCAUCCUCUUCCUUGUGAGCCUCUUCUACAGUGCCACUGUAACUGUUAUCAAGGACACAAGUCAUGUUUGGAGAUUUGAUCCUGACCUGGUGCCACCCCUUUUUCCAUCUACCUCAAAUCCUGAUUCCAACUACCCCUAUCCUGGUUCUUCUAGAGCAUUUCCUGACAGCAAGCUUAUGAUGUUUGAGCCUAAAGCUGACAAAGAGCAAUUCCAUCCAUUUAUAGAGGUUGUUCUAAGUUCUGGGACUUCUGCAGUGCCUGCAGAAAUCAUGUGGGAACCGGAAGGGCUGGCAAAAAUGGAAUACCCACUGACAAAACAGAACGCAGAACCAGAAUCGUGGCUUAGUGCAAGCCAGCUCACAGUUCAAGGCUCAGACUUCUCUCAGAAAGCAUAUACAUGCUCUAUGAAGCAGGAAGCGAAUGCACAACCACUGGUCAAAGCCACCAUCGAUAGCAAAAAGUGCAACUGUGGACCCCCAAAGCCCGUCCAAGUUCAAAUCUUAAGCCCUGGCUGUAAUGAAAAAGUGGAAGAGUCCACCUUGGAGCUGGUCUGCCUCCUUCGGAGCCUUGGUUCUGGAAGUGCUGGUGUGGAGUGGCUGAAGAAUGGAGAAGCAUUUCAAGAGAAAGUGGAGGUGAUGUUGACUGCAAGCAAGAACUUGGAGGGCACUUACUCCAGUUUUGUCAGACAGAACAUCCUCAAAGACAGCUGGGAGAAAGGGGACCAGUACACAUGUAAAGUCUACCGUCCACCUAAGAGCGAGAACAUAACCAUGCGCAACACCAGCAAGUGCAAAGCCUGCUGCAGCUCGGUGCAACAAUUGACCAUCUCUGUCAUCAAGCCAUCCCCAAAGAACCUGUUUGAGGGCAAAGCAAAUUUGACCUGCACUGUGGUUGGCCUCAACCUUGAUAAUGUCCAUAUAACCUGGUAUGUGGAUGACAAGCGCAGCACUGAAGGCCAGAAAGAUGCGGUGAAGGUAGACGCAAGCGGAAGUCAGAACGUGAGAGGUUUCCACCCGGUAUCUUUGGAGCAGUGGAGAAGAGGCACCAAAUUCACCUGCAAAGCUGCUGGGCCAUGCUAUGAAGAAGUCUCCAAAGAAGUAACCAUCAAAACGGAUUCACACACCACAAAGCCCUCCAUUGCCAUUUCUCGAGCGUUCCUUGAUGUCUCGCUCAAGAGCACCAUGGCUCUGAUUCUUCUCUGUGAUGUGAGCGGGUUUUCCCCCCAGGAAAUUAGCAUCUCCUGGCAGAGGGACAACAAAGCUCUGAAUGAAAACCUCUAUGACCAUGGGAUCGUGAUGCCCGCUGGGAGCCUCUACAACACUUACAGCCUCCUGAAGAUCAGCCGCGAUGAACCAGGGGGGAGGGCAGGCAACUAUAGCUGUGUGGUCCACCAUUCCUCUUCUGAGACACCAAUCACAGCCAGUGAAAAUGUCCCCAUUGGUUUUUUGGAACCAGCUUCCCCAAAAGUGAUGGUAUUUCAUACCUCAGAGGAUGGGGAAUGCCAGAAACUUGUCUGCUUUGCCACCAACUUCUAUCCCCAAAAUAUAAACAUUCAAUGGAGCAUCCAAGGACAUAAUCUCAGCUGCAGUUCAGAAUCUUCAAGUUCACUCUCCCUCACUGAUGGGACCUUCCAGAAGAACUGCAGUUUGGUACUCAGAGGAGAAGAAUGCAAGAAGCAAGAAAUGUAUACAUGUGCUGUUACUCAUAGUUCAACCAACACCUUCAUUAAGAAGACCGUGCCUUCUUGUGGCAUGACCCCAUCUGUUCACAACAAGACGGAGAUCAUUAUGCAGCCGCCAUCCUUUGAAGACCUCCUCAUGAACAAACGUGCAGCUGUAACCUGCAAGAUGCCUCUUGUGAAUGCAACCUCCAAUUCAAUCAUCAAUUGGACAAUGGAUGGGAAACCUGCUGACAUGAAUGCUGUGACAACCGAAGUCUUUUCAGAAGACAACAGCACCCUUUGGAUCGCUGGCCAGCUGUGGGUGAAUCUGUCUGAAUGGAGAGCCACCAGGAUGUUCACCUGUAACAUCCACAAUGACCUAGGAGAAACUAAACAGAACCUCGACCGAAGGGAUGGCAUUAUGAAGGCUCCUGAAGUCUACCUCCAACAGUCUUCCAAGGAAGGCAUGAACGUAACCCUAGUGUGCAUGGCCAGAAACUUCUACCCAGCAGAAAUAUUCCUGAAGUGGGAAGAGGAGGACAAGGAGAGGUCACUGAAGAGUUAUGAGGCCCACGAUUUGAAUUGUAAUCAUGAAGAACAGAGAUGUUCCUUAGUGAGCAUCCUGGAAGUCCCCACAAGCAAGUGGAUGAUGGGAGUCUCCUACACAUGCCUUGUAGUUCACAUCUCCUCUGAAAACAUCAUAACUAGAAGAGCCAAUAUCUUUUCUGAUUCCUGGGACUGUGCCAUCAUGGGGGUUGCCUUGUGUGAUGUCCGCAAUGAAAAUGAAGAUGAGUACAGCGAACUGGAGGAUGCCAACAGUGUCUGGAACAAAGUCUCCACUUUCAUGGUGCUCUUUGUUGUUGCACUCUUCUAUGGAGGCCUUGUCACUUUCAUCAAGGGUUUGGGGGCUUUUGUCCAUGUUCCUUGGCUGGAAAAUACAGAUGCAUCUGAAGUAUUUCUUGGCUUCAAAAAGGAUAGUUUACUGACAGCAUCUGUUGAUGAAGUUUAUCCUCAACGUUUCCCUAGUAUUUUCCCUCUGAUUCCAUCCAACUGCCUCCCAGACUCUGGAAAUAUCACCAUCGGCUGUUUGGCCCAAGGUUUCAAGCCUGAUCCAGUCAGUUUCUCAUGGAGGAAAAGCAACCAAAUCAUUGAUGCAAACUUGUCAGAGGAUUUCCCUUCCUUGGCCCAGCCCGAUGGAACUUUUACAACAAGCUCCCAGGUUAUUGUCCCCGUCACUGAUUGGAACAAGUACAGUCAUUUUUAUUGCACCGCUGUCCACUAUAAUCACAAUGAAACAAUACAGGUCAUUCGUCCAAGAAUUGAUCCACUGAUGAUUAUUGCUGCACCACUCAUUGAAGAAUUUGCUGGUUCCCCCCCAAAUGCCACGCUUACCUGCAACGCUGAUAACGUGGAUGACAAGGAUGCUACAAUCCAGUGGCUCAGGGAUGGAGAAGUGUUUGGCUCUCCGAUCAGUACAAGAGGUGGCUGCUGUGGCCAGAGGCUCAUGAGUGAGCUACAGAUCACUAAGAGGGACUGGGAAAGUUCAACCCGCUUCUCCUGCCAGGUGUCCAGUGAGACACUGACCCUAAAAAAGGACAUCAACAAGGAGCUUCUUUGUGGCACUUGCAGUGAAAAUGACCCUAAAGUUGAUGUGGAAACCAUCCGACCAUCCUUUGCUGAUAUUUUCAUAAACAACUCAGCCAAGCUGACUUGCAAAAUCUCCAACAUACACCCUGGCACGGACUUGUCAACUCUGGAUGUCAGCUGGACUCAAGGACCUAACAAAAAACCACUGGACACUAAACUGGGGCAGCCCAUGGAUCAGGAAAAUGGAUUGCAGUACAUUGAAGCUACAGCCACCGUGUGUGCAACUGAAUGGAACAGCGAAGAAAUAUUCACUUGCAAAGUGGAUUGGCCAGGAGUACUUCCUGUACCCAAGGAAAAAACACUGCAAAAGUCUACUACUUGCUCCCUCUCCCGUCCGGCUGUCUACAUCUUGCCCCCUGCAGCAGAAGAACAAGAACUGAAGGAAACAGUCACCCUCACUUGCUUGGUAAAAAAUUUCUGCCCCAGUGACAUUUUCUUGCAAUGGCUCCACAAUGGUCAGCUUGUGAACGCUACAGAAUACUACAUCAGUGAACCUAUACCGCAGUCUGGCUCAAAUUCACAGUUCUUCCUCUACAGUAUGCUGACGGUCAACGAACAGCAAUGGUCCUCCGGCGACACAUUCACCUGCAUGGUGGGGCAUGAGGCACUGCCCUUCAACACAACCCAGAAGACUGUAGACAAGAAAACGGGUAAACCAUCCGUUGUCAACGUUACCUUAGUACUCAAUGAUACUGACAGCUCUUGCUACUACCCUCAGCGUAGCCCUAGUCUUUUCCCCCUCAUUCCACAAGAGGUGGGUUCAACAAAUAUCGACAUUGGAUGCUGGGCUACAGAUUUCUACUCUGGUUCAAUCACUUUUUCCUGGAAAGAUUAUAGAAAUGACAGUGGCAAUGCAAUCAACUUUAUGACAUUUCCUUCAGUUUUCUACUCUGAGACAUUCUCUGCAAGCUCUUCAGCCCGCGUUCCUGUUGCUGAAUGGAAGAGUUGCUCUCCAUUCUACUGCAGUGCUGGAGAUAAAACAGUCAAAGUCGUUCACCCAAAUAAUGUUUGCUACUGUGAAAGCGGCAUUAGUAGAAGGAUCCCUAGAUUCUCUGGGCUUGACUCUACUGGUGACAAUUCUUACCCAAAUGUCAAUGUGGAAACCAUCCGACCGUCCUUUGCUGAUAUUUUCAAGAAGGACUCAGCCAAACUGACUUGCAAACUCUCCAACGUACCCUCUCAUGCGAACUUUUCAUCUCUGGAUGUGACCUGGACUCAAGGACUUAACAAAAAACCACUGGAGACUAAACUGGGGCAGCCCAUGGAUCAGGAAAAUGGAUUGCAGUACAUUGAAGCUACAGCCACCGUGUAUACGGCUGAGUGGAACAGUGGAGAAACAUUCACUUGCAAAGUGGAUUUUCCAGGCAUACUUCCUAAACCUGUGGAAAAAUCUAUGAAAAAGCCCAUUGGUGGCCCCAGCUCCCCACCAUCAGUCUACAUCCUUCCCCCUCCAACAGAAGAGCUAGCUUUGAAGGAAACGGCCACCCUCACUUGCCUGGCGAAUAACUUUUACCCCAAUGAGGUAUUGGUGCAGUGGUUACAGAACAAUCAGCCAGUGAGCAGAUCAAAAUACAUCACCAGUAAGCCCACACAGGAGUCUGAGAAACAGAAUUCAUACUACGUCUACAGUAAGUUGACAAUCAGUGAACAGGACUGGAGCAACAACGACCAAUUCACCUGCGUGGUGGGGCAUGAGGCACUGCCCCUCUACACAACCCAGAAGACUAUAGACAAGACCAUGGGUAAACCAGCUGUUAUUAAUGUUUCCUUACAAUUCUCUGAUACUCUCACCACCUGUUACUAACCAUCCUCCAGCCCCUCUGCCUCCUCUUGCAUCUGAUCCUCUCAUUGUGUCUCACCCUGUUUUUUUGCUGAGUCUUCCAUGUAAAAUUGUGGGGAGGAGGAGAGAUCCGAGCAAGAUGUGUCUUAAAUGUUAAAGCAUUGUCUGGGCACAUCUUUUUGACGAAAACAAACCAGCUGCAAUAAAAAGUGUUCUUCAAAACAAA